CCGAGCGCGCCCGAAGCGGAGCCGAGCGGGCGCGAUGGCGGCGACGCCGCCGCCCAAGCCCUGGGAGUCCCGGCGCCUGGCGGGCACCGCGCCCGCCUUCCAGUCUGCUGACUUGGGUGACAACAUGCUGACCAGACCCGGACAACCUGCCGUGGCACGGAUACCUCCACCCGUUUUGCCAAGGCCAUCCCAGCAAACAGGAAGCAGCAGUCUGAGCACCUUCAGGCCAGCUUAUAGUGGUUCUUUCUCUCCAGGCUAUGGUUCAUAUGGGACCUCUUUCUAUGGAAGCUACAGCCCUUACAGCUACGGAUACGGUGGGCUGGGGUAUAACCGGUUCUGUGCCGAUGGCCUUCCCCCCAGCAGGUUUGUGCAGCAGGCUGAGGAGAGCAGCAGGGGGGCUUUCCAGUCCAUCGAGAGCAUCGUGCAUGCCUUUGCCUCGGUCAGCAUGAUGAUGGAUGCCACCUUCUCAGCUGUCUACAACAGCUUCAGGGCUGUGCUGGACGUGGCCAACCACUUCUCCCGCCUCAAAAUCCACUUCACCAAGGUGUUUUCGGCUUUUGCUUUGGUGAGAACUAUAAGGUACCUCUACCAACGGCUGCAGCGGCUGCUGGGGCUGAGGAACAGCUCUGAGAACGAGGAUUUGUGGGCUGAGAGUGAGGGCAAAGUGGCUCGUGUCGGCCUUGAAGACAAGAUGGGAAACUCUGCAAAGUCCUGGCCCAUUUUCCUGUUCUUUGCUGUUAUAAUGGGAGGGCCCUACCUGAUUUGGAAGCUGCUUUCUACAUACAGUGAUGAAGAAACAGUGUCCAGUAACUGGGCUAGUGGAGAAGAUGACCACGUAGUUGGAAGAGCAGAAUAUGAUUUCAAUGCUCUCUCAGAAGAAGAAAUUUCUUUCCGUGCUGGUGACAUGCUAAAAUUAGCACCCAAAGAACAACAACCCAAAAUCCGUGGUUGGCUCCUGGCCAGUUAUGAUGGCCAAACAACAGGACUUGUACCAGCUAAUUACAUCAAAAUCCUGGGCAAAAGAAGAGGUAGGAGAACGGUGGACCUGGAAAAGAUUCCUGAGCAACGUCCAGCCUUUCCCAGCACACCCGGUAGAGGAGCCACUGCUGCUGUGACUUUGGAGGAGCAGGAAGCUGCUUUUGAAACUGUUUUUGCUGGCAGUAGUAAAGUUCCCGUUGCAUCCGACUCCGCUGUGGGCAGUGGAGAGAAACAGGAACUCUGAUGCACUUUGAUCAACAAAGCAACCGAACUGUGCUUUGCUGAUGCAACUUUAGGGACUGCUGGAAAUGUGGUUUGUAGUGGAACACUGAUGGGCACCAGUGAUUGCUGCUACUGACUGGUGAAGGGGUGGAGAAGUGAUUGCUCCAAUCUGUACUAUUUAUUUUUGACUCAUCUGAGGCUGUACAUUAGUGAUUCUGUCCAACCACCUGGCAGCAACUCCUGAGAGCUUGAGAUAAGGAGAGUGGAGGCAUUUACAACAAAGCAAACAAAGGAAAACAAUAGGGACUGCCCUGUUAAAGAGACAAACUGUUGGUGAAAUGGGGGAUUAACACUCAGUCCCCAUUAGAGUGUUGGCUUGACAGGAGGCCUCUUCAAUGGAUGUGCAAAGGGAAGAUUGAUUUCUGUGAGGUGUCCUCCAAAACUGCACACUGAGGGCCGUGCAAAAGUAAUGGCACAUUGUUUCCCUCUGGAAGGUGGGAGAGCUGCAGGAGAUUCAGGAGACCCAAUUGAAUGGUUACAAGUUUUGAGUUGGUUUUCUUAAGUAGGGCUCUGUCAUAAAGAGUUGAGCUCUUAGAAAAAAGGGAUUUGUGAGGAAGGGAGGAGAAACAAGAGUUUACAGGGGAAGAGCAGUGAGGCUUCGCAGGUAGUUCUAAGCAGUUCUAUUUUGUUUAUUAAAAGGAAUUUGAAUAAAGGGUGUUCUGCAGUCAGGCACUUAUUAGUUGUCCCUCCCUUCUGUGGUAAACUAACUUUGCAUCACACUUGGCCAUUUUGUGUUGUAGCCUGUUAGCUGCCCAUCCAUAGUCCACCACCCCCAUCUCCACUUAUUUCUGCUCUUUAUUGGUUUUAUAUGAAUGUCAAAAUACCUCUCCUGCCUUUCAGUGCAGAAGGAAAGCAUUGCUUUGGGGGAAGUUGAAAGGAAUUGGAGCAGCAAAGGAAAAGUAACAUUUCUUGCUUAAUUAUCUCGGCAAAGGAAGGUCUUGGAGUUGGACAAACUCCCUGUGCUGCCUUUCAGGUGGUAAAUUUUGCAUCUGCCCAUAACAUUUGAGGGCUCCAGUUUAUCAAAAGCCAUAAAAAUAUUCAGACUGUUCAGAGUAUUUAGUAUUUUCUUCAUAUUGGUGUUUGAGAAUUCUGUCCUGAAAUACCGUUCUGGUUUUUUUUUUUUUUUUUUUGUUAAAUGAAGCAAAGAUAAUUAAAACCUUUUUCCUCGUAGUAUGGAUGUAUUACAUGUUGGACUUCUGAAGGUCACAUCAAUGGAUUAAAUAACUCCAGUUUGUCUUAAUCAUUAAAAUAGCUUUUUUAGUUUAAAGGUUCUCAAAAGUAUAAGUAGGGAACAUACCUUUGAGUAGUUCCAGUUUGACCUACUGAGAUCUUCAACACCCAUUAUGUGUUAGCAAAGCUUUCAGUAUUUGUAUUUUGAUUGCAUUUGCUGGCCUUGAGUUUGUAGAAGUCUGUUCACCACAACAAAACUCUGAAGUGAGCACAAUUUUCACGAGGUAGAGUGGCUGAAAAGACAGAUAUCAUGCUGGAACCUUGGAUUUUUAAAGUAAUCUCUGAAUACCUGUUGUUGAUAGAGCGAGAAUUUUAAGUGGUUGUGCUCAGGUAUUGGGAGAUGGUGAUUCGAAUAAUUUAUACUAAAUUUUUAGAUUUUUCAAGUGCAGAGUAGUUAAAGGGCAAGUGAGAAACUUGGAACUGGUUUUAAUAGGCCUAAAACAGAACAUGGUCCUGAGAUGUUUCCCUAUGUACCAGGGCAUAGAAGAAAAUUAUCUCUAUUUGGAAAUCCUAUCUGUUGUUGCAAUGAAAACAGCAGAAAAAAUUCUGAAAUGUAAAAUCUAGAGAGGAAAAAGGGGGGGAAGGAGUAGAAAGAGUUCAGUUCUGUUUGCAGUGUGUAUCCCUGGAGGGAAUUAAUUUGCUGUAUGAGGUUUAAUUAAUGGACUGUCAGCCUCUCUUGUGUCAGUGAAAGAUUUCAUUCAGAGGAAGGGUCUUUAAAUAAAUUAAUAAAUAAACCCCUAACGUUUUUAUU